UCAACUGAACCAUUUACUUCUCUGCAAUUGAUGGUUCCGAAUUUUUCCAAAACUUAGUAAACAUAACCUUUAACUUUUGAACAAUAUUCAAAAUUCUGUUGAAAUCUAAAGUCAAAAAUGCAUUAAAAAUUUUGACUAACCAUUUUCGUCCACAUCAAGGGUCAAGCUAAGAUUAUAACCAAAGUGAAAAGAUUUAGUUCCAAAAUUAAACUCUCUAUUGGACUAUAUAUACGGAAUAGGCAUGUCUGUGAGUCAACUUAAGCCCGAGGAGCAGGUGGUUAUUGCAGCCUCCGAGAAUCUAUCAAUGGGUCCUUCCCCCCUUGGAGAAAGCCAGUUCAAUUUCGUGGCUGCAAAUAACUGCAGUGUGGCUCUCCAGCGGGGAUUCUACUUCUCCCUUCGGAUGCCCGACUGGGCUAAGGACUUUAAGCAUCAGACCCAGAAGAUACUAUCCCAUGGUUUUGACUGCCCAAGGAGAAGUUUCAAAAGUAGCAGUAGCAGAGAUUAUCGUUCUGAACGUUAUGGCGAAAUCUUUUCAGAAAGCAGUAAUGCACAAUUCUUUGAAAACAUUCCCCGAGAAAUGCAAGUUUCCAAUCAAACGAAAUCAAAGCGGGCACUGCGAUCACCCAAGAUUAAGGACGACUUAACGUGUGGCAAAAAGGUGCCAUCCUAAACACCCUGGCAUU